AUUAAAUCCGUAUGAGGGCAGCAUGCUCCUGUGAGUGUAGAGGAAGCUGUGGGUCUUCACCUCAUCACCCCAAGAAUCCACGUCCUGCCCCAUAACCACACCACAUCAUGUUCCUGCUCUGCAGCCUCAUGACCCCAUAUUCUGCCCCAUAGCUCUUUGCCCUAUAGCCCCACAGCCUUCCCUCCCACCAUCCUUAUCCUGAUCACUUUGGGAAUGGUAUGAGCCCAUAUCCUGCCCCAUAAUCCCAUAGCAUGCCCCAUAACCCCUUCUUACAUCCCAUGUCCUGCCUCAUAGCUCCAUAUCCUGCCCCACAGCUUUGUCCUACAGCCCUGGAGCCUUCCUCUCGCCAUGCUCAUCCUCACCAUCCAUGCGCUGACCUUUGCCGUGGGUCUCCCCACCAACGUCUUCACCUUCCUCACCCUCCUCUCCAAAUUCCGAUGUCACCGUCCUCAUCCCCAACUCAUCACCGCCACCGACCUCCUCCUCCUCCACCUCACCACCGCCGACCUCCUCGUCCUCCUCUUCCUCCCCUUCAAGAUGGCCGAGGCAGCUGCCAAGAUGGUGUGGCCCUUCCCCGUAGCGCUCUGCCCCAUAGCGACCUUCUGCUUCUUCUCCAGCACCUACCUCAGCACUCUCUUUAUGGCUGCCCUCAGUGUGGAGCGCUACUUUGGGGUCGUGUUCCCACACCGCUACAACUGGAGCCGGCGGUUAUGGCGGACGAUGGCUGCCAGCGCCGUCCUUUGGGUGGUGGCAUUGUCCCAUUGUUCCUUCAUCUUUGUGGCUGAGUAUCACAGAGGAUUUGUGGUCAAUGGAUCCAGGGAUGAUGGGGAAGGUGGAUUUGGGGUCAAUGGGAUUGAGACUGGGGGAUCCGGAAUGAGCAACACCAAUGGCAUUGACCCCACUGGGCUGAAGAUGGACAGUUCCCGUUGUUUUGGGUUCAAUGGGUUUUGCAUGGGGGGAUUUGGAUUGAGCAAACCUAACGGCAUUGACACGGAUGUCUCCAACAACUCUACUGGUGACGUCACCAUUUCCAGGGGUUUGAAGAUCCCCAGAGUUGACAUCUACAGGAUCUCCAGCCCCGAGACCGACCUCAACAUCUCCACUACAAAAUUCCCCGCCUCCACAGCUCAGAAUGCACCCCACAUCCUCACCACUACCCCCUGGACCUCCCAGAAACCCACAGAGACCCAACCCUACCCAGUCUACCACUGCUACAACGAUUUCUCCCAAACCCAGCUGAGCUUUGUCCUCCCACUGCGCCUCGAGCUCUUCUUCGUCCUCUUCCUCCUCCCCUUUGCCAUCACCGUGUUCUGCUAUGUCCGCCUCAUCCGUGCCCUCCUCACCAGACCCCACAUCCCGCUGAAGAAGAAGUACCGCGCUGUGGGGCUGGCCGUGGCCACCAUGGUCAACUUUGGGGUCUGCUUUGCACCCUACAACCUCUCACACGUGGUGGGCUUCGUGCAGCAGCGCAGCCCUGAGUGGAGGCCCUACGCUCUGAUCCUCACCACCCUCAGUGCCGCCCUCGACCCCUUUAUCUUCUAUUUCUCCUCCAGUGCUGUGCGGAGGGCGGUCAGUGGGGUGGUGGGGGCGGUUUGGGGCAAGAUGUGUGGGUUUUGGGGUUGGUGUCGGCAGAAGGAGUGAGCCCCAACCAGGAGGAGGUUAUGGGGUAAAUGGGGUUGUUGUGGGAGUGGUGGGUUUAAUGGGGUGAGAGGUCAGAAAUGGGGAUGGGUGCGGUGUCUGUGGGGUCAGCGUGGUCCUAUUGUGAGAAACGCUGAUAUUCAAAGAUUUCUGCUCAGGCAAUGACCUGAGUGAUAGCAGCAACGUUUAUUCAUUCUUGCAAUAAUGGGCACACACUCCCUAUUGGCAAGGGAGAAAUUGCACGCUUAGUCAGUAAAAUUCAUACAUUAUAUACCCGACGCAAGUGGACACUCUCCUGGCGCUCACUGGUCGAGCGUCUCAGGCUCACAGUCUUCCCAAUGCUGUUACCAAGAUACAUCUCCAUAGAAGGACUAUUACCAAACUGUUGACUUUUGGCACGCUUUGUAUUUUUUAAUAUCUGCAAUAAUUCAGAGUCAGCACAUCUGCUCUGCUUUUACCUUGAUCGGAGGAGAAGAUAUUUCAAAGUCAGCAUAUCUUUCUUGUUUGUAUUUUGAUAGGGAGGCAAUACUUCCAAGUUGGUACACUCGUUCUGUCUUGUACUUGACUCUCCCCAUCCUGUCCUGUCCUAGGCUGUCCUGCAUAUCUUCCUUCUCUUCCAAGUUGGAACAUCUUCAUCUUCAACUUCACCCUAUUCAUAAGUUUAAGGGUUACACAGGAGGGUUACAAGUUCACUGAGAGCCUGCACUAUGCACAGAACAAGUGUUUCAUCAGCAUGUUAUAUGUUUGUCAUGGUUUUGUGAUUUUCGGUUAUUGGUAUUCCACAUCAUAACAUCAUGUAGUGAAAGUACCUGGCUCUCAGAAGAGAAGGACUACUACAUUUC